AUGGCAGAGCGACCAGGGUUUCUUUUUUUCCUUUUAAUCUUUGCGCUAGCUACCCCCUCCAAGGAUCAUCUACACUCCCCGAUACCCAAAGAACUCCUCCCAAAAGGCUACCUCCUCGCAGGUAUCCACGCGGGCGUCAAAAAGACCCCGGCAGCAGCAUGUUUCACCCUCAACGCAUUCCGCGCUGCACCAGUCCUGGUCUCACGCGACGUACUCGAUAAAUCGAAUGGACGUGCACGCGCUGUCGUUGUGAACAGCGGCUGCGCCAACGCUGUUACAGGUAAGAAGGGUAUGGAAGAUGCAUGGUCGAUGGUCCGUGCUGUGGAUGGACUUCUUCGUGUGCAUGGUCUCCCCCCACCAGAUGGCAAGGAUCUGACGACGAACGAGACCCUCGUGAUGUCGACAGGCGUUAUUGGCGUCAACCUUCCCAUAACCGCCAUCAUCAACGCCAUCCACACACAAUCAGACCCUUCGUCGCCCACGUACGCCCUCGCAUCUACACCCACAGCAUGGGAUGCUACAGCACGGGCAUUCAUGACGACAGAUACAUUUCCAAAACUACGCGCGAGGACGUUCCAAGUCAACGGUUCUACAUACCGCAUGGCAGGGAUGGACAAGGGUGCAGGAAUGAUUCAUCCACGUGUGGCAGGUCCAGAGUCCAUACCUACCUCAUUACAUGCUACGCUCCUCGGCCUCAUACUCACCGAUGCACCGGUCUCGCCACGAAGCUUGCAGAGCGCCCUGAGCUAUGCCGUCGACAGAAGCUUUAACUCUAUCUCUGUGGAUGGGGACAUGUCCACCAACGAUACGAUCAUCGCUCUGGCAAAUGGAGCGGGCGUGCCGAAGGAGCAGAGUAGCAAGGUUGAGGAGAUUGAUGAAGGGACAGAUCCGGAAGCAUAUCGUAUCUUUAGGGGCGAGCUGACCACGUUUGCGAUCGAUCUGGCGAAACUGGUGGUGAGGGACGGUGAAGGCGCUACCAAAUUUGUAGAAGUAUCCGUCGAGAACGCAGCAUCGUACGCCGACGCGCACUGUGUUGCUUCGACCAUCUCGACAUCCGCACUCGUUAAAACAGCACUCUAUGGUGAAGAUGCCAACUGGGGCCGCAUUCUCUCCUCCACAGGCUCAGCAACCCUCAGCACCCCCCUCAACCCAACCAGCGUAAGCGUCUCGUUCGUCCCUUCGUCACCUACGAACUCGACAUCUACCAACCCUACCCCGCUACCCGUCCUCAUCAACGGCGAACCCACUGGUGUCGACGAAGAACGCGCAUCGCAGAUAUUAGGACAGGAUGAGUUCGGGAUCGUGGUGGAUCUAGGGGGGCAGGGUGUAGGUGGAAAAGAGAGAGCGACAUAUUGGACGUGUGAUUUUAGUUAUGAAUAUGUCAGGAUUAAUGGAGAUUAUCGUAGUUGA